AUGACAGCCGUCCUUGCGGCGACGGGGUCAGUGGCACAUUUCGGAGAUUACAAGUCUACUACAGAUAGACGGACCAAAGCACAAGUGCCGGACAUCGCUGUGAUGAAUCACAAUGGCCUACUACGUAUUGUAGGCGAGUUGAAAACUCCCUGGAUCAGCCAGCAUGAUCUGGCAGCUGGGUACAGAAAGCUGCCCCAUCUGCGCCGCAUCAUUGCCCAACCUGUGGGAUACAUGCUGGCAGCAAAGCUUAAAUAUGGAUUUAUAUCCACCAUUGACCGGACAAUAUUCCUGAAGCAAGAGGUCAUAGGGGACGUAUGCACUAUAGCCUUUAGUAGGCCUAUAGGGAACGUGACAGAAGGAAAAUGGGUGGAGGAUAGGGACUACAAAGAUAAUGUAUCAUUGAGGGAGUGUUUCCUCUACUUGGUCAAUGAGGCAGAGAGGGACCACAUGGCCAACAACCAACUGCCACGAGAGCAGUGGAUCAAGUUGUAG